CUCUACUGUAAAAUAUAGAGUAUUAUAACGAUUUAUAUCAAACACGUUAAAGUAACAAGCUUUUUUUGUGAGUUUGACUUGCGUCAAGAAAACCGCCUUAUGGGAAAAUAAAGACCGCCAUUUGGAAUUUCAAAAUCCGCACAUUGUUAUCUUUUUUUCACUCUUUGGCGUUGUUUUUACUAGAUUUUGUUUCCUAUCUAUUUUUAAAGAUAAAUGGUUGGCUGUGGUCUACUCAAGCAGUUCUCGCGUUCACUCAAGAGAUCAAGCAGCUUAUCUUCCAGUACAGCCACGAUCGUUGGUUCUACACAUAAAGUAGACUACUCCACUACAAAUAAAGAAGCACUUGACUUCCUUGACUUUUUAAACGCUUCACCUUCGCCCUUCCACGCUGUACAUGAAGCGUCUGCUCGCCUAGAGAAAGCAGGAUUUCAAAAGAUUAGUGAAAAAAAUGAAUGGCACUUGAAAAAGAAGGGCAAGUAUUAUUUCACACGAAACGGGUCAUCACUGGUUGCCUUUGUUAUCGGCGGAGAAUAUCAUGUAGAUAAAGGUGGGUUUUCUAUCGUGGGUGCACAUACGGAUUCACCCUGUCUGAAGGUCAAACCGGUCAGUAAAAAGGAGCAACAAGGGUACUUGGAGGUCGGUGUUCAAUUAUAUGGUGGUGGUAUUUGGCAUACCUGGUUUGAUCGUGAUCUGGGUAUUGCUGGACGAGUGAUGGUAAAGCAAGCAGAUGGAUCUUUUCGACAUACACUUGUGGACAUAAAAAAACCUAUCUUACGUGUUCCCACAUUGGCUAUUCAUCUGGACGGAUCUGUCAAUGAUGCGUUUAAAUUUAACAAGGAAACUCACAUGGUGCCUAUUUUAGCAACCGCAGCAAAAUCAGCACUGAAUGAGUUAAAAAAAGGAAACGACGAGACAGAUAAACAUCAUACUGCUUUGAUGCACCUGCUGUCCAACAAGAUGAAUGUCGACAUUGGUCAAAUUCAUGAUUUUGAGCUUUGCCUUUUUGACACACAAGCUGCUACCCUGGGUGGCAUAUAUGAUGAAUUUAUCUAUUCAGCCAGAUUGGACAACUUGGGUAUGACUUACUGUUCAUUGAUGGCACUUAUAGAAUCCAAAAAUAUUCAGGAGGACAAGAACAUUCGACUGAUUUCAUUAUUUGAUAAUGAAGAAAUUGGCAGUACGAGUGCCCAUGGAGCCAAUUCGAACUUGUUACCUAGUACUUUAGAAAGAAUAGUAGCCUCGAUAAAGCCUUCAGUGAAUACCAAACUUGCACUUGAAAAGGCGAUUCACAGGAGCAUGCUUGUUAGUGCUGAUAUGGCGCACGCUGUGCAUCCUAAUUAUGCGGAGAAAUAUGAAGAAAAUCAUCGACCUCAGAUGCAUAAAGGAACUGUCAUCAAAAUAAAUGCGAAUCAGAAAUAUGCAACUACUGCAGCAACAAGCUUAAUUUUACGCGAAAUAGCGCGUCAAAGAAGUAUUCCUAUUCAGGAAUUUGUCGUUCGUAAUGACUCUCCGUGUGGCUCUACUAUUGGGCCUAUGUUGAGUGCUAAAUUAGGGUUACGUACAGUAGAUGUUGGCAAUCCACAACUGAGUAUGCAUUCUAUUAGGGAAAUUAGUGGUGUAGAUGAUGUCAAGCAUGGCAUUGACUUACUAAAGUCCUUCUUUGAACUCUUCCCUGAUAUUGAUGCCAAAGUGUUUAUAGAUUAAAUUUAUCAUUUUUCAAGUUAUUGUCUUGUUGUCAAUUGUUAUGUACACUCCGCACUUCUUUUUUAUUUUUCUGGUUUGAGUUCUUUCUCUUUCUUUUUUCUUUCUU